AUGCCAUUUGUUUUGGACUAUGUGAUUAUUAUAACCGUAUGUUUUUAUCUCAGUAAUAUCGGGUGUAGAUUUCAAAUAUUAAACGAUUUCUGGACGUGCCUUCUUCCUGGAUUAGUAUCCAUCUCGGGCGAAUGGACAGAUUCUGAAUUAGUUAUGUUAAUGGAGAGCAUUAGGUUGUUACAUGCCGAACUAUCUCAGUUGUUCAAAAUAUUCAGUUGCAGUUACGGUACACUGCUAUUAGUAUUUUUUGUUUGCUGCAUUAUCGAUGUUAUAUAUUUAAUUUAUUUAAUGAUCAAGCUCGAAAAUGUUAUAAGACAUGUACCAUUGCACAUGCUAAAUAUUCAAGUCGUUGUUUUUUUGAUGUCCGUCAUCCUCGCUGCCUCGUGGAUAAAUGAAAAGAAAAUGAAAAUGGUAUCGUAUUUACGAUUGACUCCGAUUUCAAAACUACCUGUAGAAGUAAAACUACAAAUCAAAAUGUUUCUGUAUCAAAUAUCAAUGUUGGAAUCAGAUGAAAUAAGUGCUUUUGGGUUUUUCAAUAUAAAUUUGAAUUUAGUUGUGUCAAUUGCCAUGUUACUCAUGACUGGAUUUUCUACCCUUGUACAGAUGAAAGAUCACCCCAUUAUUUUAGCGUUGGUCAAUAACACACACAUAUAUCACAGCAAUUGGGAAAAUGUGUAUGCUAGCAACUAUUCAAAGAAUGUUACAUCUCAUUAA